UCUCUGUAGUCUGUGGAUGGUUUGUGGCUUUGGCAGGUUGGAGUAAGCAUCCUGUUAGCUCGGUGACUGUAACAGUUAGCACGGAGCAGCUCAGUGACUAGCUCACAGCGGGGAGAAGAGGAGUUGUAGACUGUAGAUUAAAUGCCUCAGGGUUCACCAUGGUGUGUGGAGGAUUUACCUGCUCGAAAAAUGCGCUUUGCGCUCUCAACGUCGUUUACAUGUUGGUGGGGCUGCUCCUGAUUGGUGUAGCAGCAUGGGGGAAGGGCUUCGGGAUCGUGUCCAGUAUACACAUCAUUGGAGGCGUGAUUGCUGUGGGCUUUUUCCUGCUGCUCAUCGCCAUUGUGGGCCUCAUCGGAGCCGUCCAUCACCACCAAGUCAUGCUGUUCUUUUACAUGGUUAUUCUGUUCAUUGUGUUCCUCUUCCAGUUUGGUGUGUCCUGCUCUUGUCUGGCCAUGAACCAGGAUCAGCAGGAGCAGUUGAUGACCUCCACUUGGAGUAUGAUGAGCAAUAAGACCAGGGUAGAUUUGGAGAAGAAGCUGGACUGCUGUGGCCUGUUCAACAGCACUGCAGACCACCAUGAGUUCGAUACUGACCGGGCGUUGUGUGAAGCUAACUGUUUAAACACUCAGAAUUGCUUAACGUGUGGUCAGAAAAUGCUGCAGCAUGCGUCCGAGGCCCUGAGAAUUCUGGGUGGUGUGGGUCUCUUCUUCAGCUUCACUGAGAUUUUAGGAGUUUGGCUGGCCAUGCGCUACAGGAACCAGAAAGACCCCCGGGCAAACCCCAGCGCAUUCUUAUAGUCUCCCAGCCUCCUCCGUGUCCCACAGUGCAGCAUCGCAGAUUCCUCUUCCCUUUGCACACCCGGAGGCACUCAGGCAUUCAGCAUGGACUUCAGACUGAACGCUGACAUGUUGCUCUCUACAAACCAUCUCACUGAUUUUAUGGCACCAAGAGCUAAAGAGCCCAUUUAAAGAAAAUUCUCUUUUCUCUCUAGAAUCUGGUCAUUUUUUUUCUUACAUAGUGAAAACAAAAGCUGGACGUCUCAUGAAUGAUAGGAUGAUGUUCGGUAUUUAUGUCUAGAUCUCCAGUCCCAUGGUGUGACCUACAUCAUGACCCCUCCCAUCCUUGAUUUGAGAAAAAGUGUCCUGGACAGAGAUUCAGCAUUAAUAUCUGCAUGCUUAUAGCCAUUACUACAGCUGGUCCACUCUGUUAUACUCCACCCGGCAGAUCCUCAGUCAUUAUUGUGCUCCAUAUAGUUUUACCAUUGUGGGCUUUUAGUGUCAGUGAAGCAGGUAGUUCAUAGAUUUUUAUGUGAGCUGGUCAAGGUGUGACAUCUGUGAUACACGGCAAACUUUACUUCCUGCUCCUUUCAGAUGUUUCUUGCUAAUGUGAGUUGUUGUUACAGAUGUACGAUGUGAGAGUGCUAGUUGAGGAAUUAGGAUUUUAGUUCAAUAUGUUGUGUAACUGAGCCAUGCAGAAGCCAGCAGACUGCAGCCCUGAUGUUGUGUAAAUACACGUGUCUCCGUGACGGGUUGCGUUUCUCAUACAUACACGUUUCAUUUGCUUCUCGCUGAGGUACUACCCGCACUGGACCUUUAACACACGUUUCUUGGUAUUACUCUCAGAUAUUGUGUUUUUGCAAUAUAGUGAAUUACAGACUCGCUUUUUUGUGCUAUAACCUGUGGGCAAAGUUCUUCCAGUGCCAUCACUUUAAUCCAGGUGUCUCAUCUCAUUCGCCUCUUAAGUCAAUAUUAGAGUGUGUACAUUUUUUCAUAAUGAAUUUUUUUUAAUGUUUUGUCAAGUUCUCUAUAACACUUGUUUGUCAAAUAAGUAUUAGUUCUACACCUUUGUUACUGUUAUUUCUUGAAAAAGAUUCUGGUUAGCUCUCAAUUUCUCUCACUUUUAUGCCUCCGCCACUAGGCGGUGUACAAAUUUGUAGCAUGUUGGCGACGGAGGCACUGCCAUCCGAGUUCUACUUGUUUAUUUUCUGUUUUAUUUUUGCCAUUCUACUUCACACUUUCAUUGUUUGCACCAUUUCUCCUUUUGCAUUUAAAAGUAUUAAGGUUAAGGCCAUUCAGGUUUGUAAGUUAUUUGUAUGUACUGUGUUCUAAAUAAUUAUAACUCUGCUAAUCUUACUUUCUUUUUGCUAAGUUUUCUUUCAUCUGUUUAAUCAUUCUUCACACCUUCAGUCUUAACUCUUUUUUCGUACUGAUUCAGUCCAGGUUUUUUUUUUCUUCAAAAUCUCCUCUUUAAGUCUCAUUUCACUUCCGAUAACUAGGAUGCACUGAAUUUUCACAAUGCAUAUUAAUAUUAUUGUGUAUAUGUGCUAAAGGUCAUUGGAGUACUAGUAUUGUGGCUGUUUUGCCAAAUAUUCAGAAUGUUUCUGUGGCCAUUUCUUUUCUCUCAUUAUUUAAUUUAUUGCCUUUAUAUAAGCAGGCCAUGUUCUCUUUCAUUAUUCUCACAACUCUGUAUGCACCUGCAACUCUUUUCCCGGAUGUUCCUUGUAUUUUUGGACCUGAUUUUUUCCAAUUAAAACAUCUUGGAGCAAAAUUUGGAAAACUGCCAUGUGCCCCAUUUUAAAGGAAAGUGCUUGAAUGAAGUAAAGAUUGAAGUUUUCUUUAUUCAUAUCCAUUUAUUUUGUUCUAUAGUGCACUUUUCUGUACAGAGCUACCAAUAAAUAGAUCCACUUA